AGUAUUCGCUCUAAAGCUUCGGCCAAAAGGCCCCGCACAACUGCGUAGCAUGUACUUACUGCGUCCACUGCACACGCUAAAGCAUCCACAAGACCGGUUUGGCACAAUUUCAAUCAUACUAGUACGCCAUUCUCUUCCCUGGAAUCUAACCGGAACUUCACAGUAAGGCUAACACUAGAGAAGAUAGAAGAGCGACCGAGAGAGAGAGAGAGAGAGCGAGAGCGAGAGAGAGACUGGCUCUUGCAACCGAAACUGAAGUGCUCGAGAAAACCCUAGCAGUCGAAGAAGAAAUCGGAUCGUCCGUCAAUGGCGGAGUCCGGCAAAUCUGAUAGUCCGGCCGAUUCUUAUAUCGGUAGCCUCAUCAGUUUGACGUCCAAGUACGAGAUUCGCUAUGAGGGCGUUCUUUACAACAUCGACACUGAAGAAUCCACAAUCGGAUUGCAGAAUGUGAGGUCUUUUGGAACUGAGGGGCGAAAGAAAGAUGGUCCUCAGAUUCCCUCAAGUGACAAAGUGUACGAGUACAUUCUGUUUCGUGGGAGUGACAUCAAGGAUUUGCAAGUUAAAUCAUCUCCACCUGUACAUGCAGAACAGCAAGUACACAAUGAUCCUGCUAUUAUUCAGUCACACUAUGCUUCUGGACCUUCUGGUUCUUCAAACUCUGCUUCUGUUGGUGGUGGUGCUCUGACAGAUUUAAGCUUCCAUGGAGAGUCAACUGCUUCGGCCCGAGUAGCCUAUCCUGGUGCUUUGCCUUUGUAUCAACCAGGAGGUUACUGGGGUUCUUCUCCUGCUACUCAAAAUAGCAAUGGGUUAUCUCUUUCUAUGCCAUUGUCCUGGCAAGGAUAUUAUGGAUCUUCAGGUGGUCUUCCUCAGGCUCAACAGCAAUCUAUGCCUUUUCAGCCCCCUUCUACCAUUUCUGUUCCGUUGAUGCUGCAGAAUCAGUUGCAGUAUCCUGAAGUUCUGGAAUCUUUAAGUACAAGCACGGCCAACUUAUCUGAACUUGCUGCUCCCGUGCCUUCAAAUGUUCCAACAGCUAAUUCUGUUGCUUUAAAAUUUUCAUCCUCUCUUAAUUCGGCUAUUUCUACUUCCCUUAGUGAUGUACCAUCUUCUUUGUUCAUUAAGGCAUCUGUGCCAUCUCAUUCUUCUUCUAAUUUACUAACUAUAUCUUCACUACCUUUAUCUAGUCAAUAUGUAAAUCCCAUUGCAGCUUCGAUUUCUGGUAAAGGUGGGUCUGCACCAUUGCCAGUCCUUCCUGUUCAGUCCUUGCCUUAUUCUUCACCUUCCAUUGCUGGUUCUAUUUCAGGUUCUUUACUAACAAAACCUCCGACUUUGUUAACUCCGGACCAUUUGAUGCAGCCUGGACCACCUGCAUCUUCAUCUAUCCAGAUACCAUACUCUGAUCAGAAAAAUGUAGAUGGUCCAAUGGCAGCAUCAGCAAAACCUUCAUCCUCAGUUUCUACUCCACUUCAAUUGCCAUUAUUGCCUCUGCCUCUCUCUACACAGAAGUUUGAUGAAUCUGUUGCAUACUCAAAGCCUAGUAAUGGUGAGGAUCGGGGGAAUUAUGGUCAAGGGUCUCAUCAGUCUGUGACAGACUACACUGAAGAAUUUGACUUCAUAGCGAUGAAUGAGAAAUUUAGAAAGGAUGAAGUAUGGGGCUACCUUGGAAAGGCAAAAGAAAGGCUUAAAGCAGAAGGAACAGAAGACAGUCCUGAUGAGCAAUAUGCGGAGUAUGGGCAGGGUGACGAGGCCCCGAAGUCAACUGUCAAACCUGUAUAUAACAAGGAUGACUUCUUCGACACACUUUCUUGUAAUUCAGUUACCCGUGGAGCAUGGAAUGGACGGAUCAGAUUCUCUGAAAGAAUGAAGCUUGAUACCGAGACUUUUGGCGAUUUCCCGCAGAGGGCUUAUUCGGGUCAUGGUGGCCGUGGAAUUGGACGUGCUGGGAACUACAGGGGCUCUUAUUAUAACUGGGGAAGGGGAUAUGGAUAUGGUGCUAGGGGGCGCGGUCAUUUGCCCAUUUAGCACAAUUUGAAUUUCCGUUUUCUUUCAAAGGUGCACACAAGCAACAUCGGUUUGGAACCACUACGUCUUUGUUUAAGAUCCCUCUGGUUUGGGAGCUUCUAUCUAGUUGAGAAAGGUUAGCCUUUUUGAGCUACUGGUAAGGGAAGGCCCAUCAUUGUUUUUUUUGGUUAUGGGCUGGUCACUUCCAUGUGCUGAUGGGCAACUCAGUCCGCAGUUUGCUUAUUGCUUUUGGAAAUCGACUUCAGGGUGUGACAUGUUUUGUUUAUGUUUUUUUCUUUUUUCCUUUCCAAAACAUAAGAGAUGCAGUUAUCAUCUUGAAUCUGUUCGAAGUAAUGAAUAAAGCUACAGUUAACUUUGGUUA